ACUGUUUCAAAACAAAAUCAGCUGUUACCGUAAAAUCUACAUGGAUAUUCGGUUGAGAAAAUAAUAAUUUAAUUAUUAAUAUCCGAGACCGACAUCCGUCGCAUGGGUCGUGUAACUGAAAAAUGUAAAAAACGUCCUUAAUCGAUCUUUAGAAUAAUAAAAUAGUUUUUCUCUGAUACAAAAAUGAGUUUGAUUCAAAGAGCUAUUGCUCAAAAAAUAUGCAGUAGGUUUGCCUGUAAAAGCAUAAACAACCUUAAAUUCUUCCAUGCAUCACCCUGUUCCUGGAACUCUGGUAAAUUCAAGAAAAUUAAGGGACAUCCAGAUUCUUACUUCCAAAGAAAAUCUGUAGUUGAGCCGGAAACUAAUCCAAACUUCCUCUUCAGUAGAGAAUACUUAGAUAGAAGCAUGGAAAAGAUACACUCUAGUGAAAGUCGAGGAUUCUACAGUUUUCUAAACAACAGAAGGUGUUCAUUGACGGAGGAGGAGGUCGGACUCAGGGAAAACGUCACCAGAGACUGGAAUCAUAUCAGUGAUACUAUACAGGAUCUCGGAAUCCCUGAGUUCGCAGAUGUUGUUGGAGGAUUAAUGUUUGCUGGAGGUCAUCUUAGACAAACGACAACAUGCUGUUUAACCUUACGUCUAGCUGAUCAUAUUAGUUUGUUAAAUGAUGAAGAACUUAAACUGUGUAUCAGAGAUACAUCAGGCUGGCCCAGCGAUGUUUCUAAUUCAGAGGUGUGCGAAGCAGUUUUUAAACAAAUUGAUCAGGUCUGUAGUUCUAGAUGUUCUACCUGGAAUCUGACCGAUCUCCUAGAAUAUUCUCUUCUCUCCUCUACCGGACAUUAUAUAUCUAAAGAGAAACUUUUUCAAAAAUCCAGUCUUACUCACGCCACUCUUCAGCUCAAUAAUCUAAGUCUUAGAGGCACGAUGUUAUAUCUUCUGCUAUGUAGUUAUGAAUAUAACAUUGCAAGUGAACUAAGUAUAAGUGAGGAGGACGGAAAGAAAAUGGAAAAUACACUCAUUAAAGGAUUUAAUAAGUUAAUAGAAGUGGAGUGUGCACUUGUUUAUUCAGCUCUAAAAACUGGUCUUAGAUACGAACCAGCACAGCUUAAAUCAAAAAUAGAGUCAACAUACGGAUUCAGAUUGUGAACUACUAGUAGACGAAUAAAAAAAUAUGUCAAGUGUAUUAUUGCGAGGAGUUCCUUUGAGCCAGCCAAGAGAAGCUGCCCAAUGCCCAUCAUCCUGGUUUAGAAGUGGAAAAGACCAAAUUAAACGAAGAAGAAGAGAAUACUUAACCAACUAUACAACAACAAUACUAUUCCUGGGAUAUUUUAGUGAAAUUUCGUUACAAUCUGUUCUUUUGAGCUGUUUUGCUUCCUUAUGUGUUUCUGAAUCUAUUUUUAUUUCUAACUGUGAAUAUAUUUUCUUUUAAAAUGCUGUUUAGAUAUUUGAUAUUUGCUCAUAAAAUUGCUGUCGGUCAUAUUCUUGAAAAAUCACGAUUUGACUUCUGCACUUUUCAUACUGUCGCUGAUAAGAUUACUAACAAAUUAUAUUUUUUCAUCUUUGAUCAAUGUUAAUAAAAAUGAAAGAUUGAAUAUCUAUUUUUUAAAACAAUUCUGCGCUGUGAGAAAUUUCCUAAUUGCGUUGGAUGUUUUGUAGGCUGUUAAUAGAUUUUCAGUGUAUCAUAAGACAAACAAACAGAGUUCUUUACACAACCUUCGAUUCUUGCAACCCUCCUUUGAAA